AUGCUGAUGCGAUCUAUUAGGGUGAGCAAUCAUUUAAGACAUUCUUUAUUAAUACCUUAUGUUGGCCUGGGGAAAAGUUUUGUAAGAUUUGGUUCUACCUCAACCGCACUGAAUUCUGAUCUUACAGAGACACAAGCAUGUUUUAGAUAUUCUGAGAUAUCAAACAAGGCUUAUAUAAAAAUAAUUGGUCCAGAGGCUCCUAAAUUUUUGAAUGGGUUAGUGACUGCUAAACUAUUACCUAAAUUUGUCAAAAAGAAUUUAACGACAAUCUCACCAAAUUCUGAUACCUUAAAAGAACUAGGCAAUGGUGAAAUAGUUCGAUUUGAUGAAUCUCAUGACAAUUGGGGAAUUUAUAAUGAAGUUAGUGCAAAUGGUCCAUAUAUCUCAAGAUUUGGUGUUUACACAGGUCUAUUAAAUAGUAAAGGGAAGUUGAUUACAGAUACUAUAAUAUAUCCAACACCUUUAAUUUUUGAUAAAACUCCGGUUGGAGGAAAGAAUUACCCCAUUUAUCUAUUGGAGUUUGAUAAUUCAAUUGUCGAUGAUGUCCUUGAAAUUUUUGAUAUACAUAAAUUAAACAGUAAGAUCAAAUAUAAAAAAUUGAAGGCAUCAAACUAUAAAGUAUGGGAUAUUUCAAUUAAGCUUCCUAAAGUGUCCCAAACGUCUCCAAAUCCAUGGGUAGAGAACAUUCAUGAACCAAUAUCUACUUCAAAGACGUCUGAUAUUUCGAAUCAAUUAUCUGAAAGUAUGAUGAGAUUUUUAUUCCAAGGGGAAGUAAUUGACAGUAUUUUAGCUUGUUAUAUAGAUAAAAGAUUUGAAUUAUUACAAGAUAAAGAUAGCAAUUCCCCACAAUUGCUUCGAAUUAUCACCAAUUCUGAUAUAAACGACAUAUCUGAACAUUUUAAUUUUAAUUCAUUCCCAUUCCCUUUUAAAAUCGAAAAUGUCAGCCCCAAUGAAUUUAGAAGUUAUAGGUUAAAAAAUGGCAUAAUUGAUAGUGUCAGAGAUUUUCGUAGCGAAACCAUUUGGCCAUUGGAAUUGAACUUUGAUUUCUUCUUAAAUAGUGUGAAUCCAGAUAAGGGAUGUUAUUUAGGUCAAGAAAUUACAACAAGGAUGUUUUCAACAGGUAUUCUUCGUAAAAGACUAAUUCCGGUAAAACUAGAAAAUUACCAAAACCUUAAGGAUAAUGAAGACACUGCCACGAAUUAUUAUGAUAUAACAUUACAAACACCAAUCUCAGUAAAGAACGAAGCAACUGAAAUAAAUAAUCCAUUCUCUAAUCAAGCUUUUUCAAGACGUCAGAGACCAAUUGGAACUUUAAUAUGCAAUGAAGGGGAAAAUGGUGUGGCGAUAAUCAGAACAGAGUAUCUGAAUUCGAUAUUUAAAAACCAGGGCAAUCUGAACAAUAAUAUGUUUAUUCGUAUAGAAAGUAAAAUAUCGGAUUCAGAAACUAAAACAAUUAAAGUUAUCCCUAGGAAGCCAUUCUGGUAUGAAACUUGGGAAGAGAAAAAUUAA